GUAUCUCCAGGUGAUGAGGAAGCUGCAGAAGACCUACAGGAUGGAGCCCGCUGGGAGCCAGGGGGUCUGGGGACUGGAUGACUUCCAGUUUCUGCCCUUCAUCUGGGGCAGCUCCCAGUUUAUAGAUCAUCCCACGUUGGAACCUCGACAUUUCAUCGACGAGAAGGUGGUCAACGAGCACCACCAGGACUACAUGUUCCUGGACUGCAUCAAGUUCAUCAACGAGAUGAAGACGGGUCCGUUUGCGGAGCACUCCAACCAGCUGUGGAACAUCAGCGCCGUUCCUUCCUGGUCCAAAGUCAACCAGGGUCUGAUCAAGAUGUACAGGGCUGAGUGUCUGGAGAAGUUCCCGGUGAUCCAGCACUUUAAGUUUGGCAGCCUGCUCUCCAUCCAGCCGGUGAAACCUUGAUGAACACAGAGAAUCAAACUCCACCAGCUCAUCCUUCCUGCAGCGUCCUCAAACCCAACAGUAGCAAAUGUCCACCGUGUACUCUGACACGUGCAUUCCCUGGUGUGUGUGCAUGUGGGUCCUGAAGGUUUGCAUUCAUAACUUUAUUGUUCUGGAUGAACUCUGACUUCCUGUAUGUUUGUGUUAUUUAUAAAACAGUUUCAUGUUUUUGUUUUCAUGAUGUUUAUGGAUUCUGACUCAGUGCUGAUGUUAAUAAGACUGUUUGAAAAUCUUUCAUUAGUUUUUCUGUUAAAACCAAAGGUUUAAAUCAAGAUGUAAAUGUUUUAAAGAGAUGAAACACAUGAACCACCUGCUUCCAGCUCAGAUAAAACACAUUUUCAUGUCAAAUCUUAGCAUGAAAAUCCUUUUGUUUCUCUUCUGUCCCGUCGCUGUYUUCAUAAAGCCCCACAGAACCUGAGCCUGAGAAAACAAACCAAUUAUAUUAGCUCCAUUCUGAUAAAUAUUAUUUAAACAAAUAAAAGAAAUGAAGUAGUUCUGGUUGUGCUGCUUGUUUUCAGACUCACCCAAACUAAAUAAAUACAUCUAGUUUUAGCUGCAGUUUGACGUUUCCUCGGUGUGUUUUACAGAUAACGAUGUGCUUUUUAAUUUCACCAAAUUAAAGUUAUUUUUGUCACCUUAAAUAAAAUUUAAUUGUCUAA